AUGGUAGCCGAAUUCCUCACUAUCCGCAACAACACAAGCACCCCAAUUGUGCUGAAGCGCAUCGAGCGCUUCAAGGCACCGGAGCAAAGCCAGGGUGAUAAUUUCACCACCCUAGCUAGAAAUUUCACUCGGGCUCUCACAAAUCAAACCCGCACCAAUGAAACCGUCGCGGCCAUUACGGAUCAAACCCAUCCAUUUGAUGAGGUGAAAGAUCUCGAUAUCCACGUGGAGCCCUUCACUACUAAGAAGACUGAGCGACGAGCUUUCAAGGACUCCGAUAAGGAGCGUAUGCGUCUGACCUUUGAGGUUGAGGGUGAAAAGCACCAGAUUCAAACACCUGUUCCGACAUCCGAGUCGGCGACUAUGAAAGCGCUCGCUGAUCACCCGAAACACCGCUUCACGGGCAUCUAUAUUACCCCAGAGUCAUUUUUGACUGUCUUCUCCUCAGCCAACUCCAGUGCCUGGAUGGGUGAGCUGCGCGAUGAUACCUUGCUUUCUGCGCUCUCCAUCCCCGGCACUCACAACUCGCCAACGUGUCAAAUGGCCCCACCUUCCGUGCGUUGUCAGGCUGUUAGUCCGCAAGAGCAACUAAAGAAUGGUGUUCGGUUCUUCGAUAUCCGUGUUCAGCCGCAGUACCCAGACAAGCCGGAGAAGGACGAGCUGAUCCUUGUACACAGCGUAUUCCCCAUUUCACUGACCGGUAAUAAGUACUUUCGGGAUCUGAUGAAGGAAGUCAAUACUUUCCUCGAGCAUAACCCAUCUGAGUCAUUAAUUAUCUCCGUGAAGCGUGAAGGAACCGGUGAUGCGAAAGACGAGCAACUGGCUCAAAUUCUGCACCGCCACUAUGCCGGCGAAGGCAGUCGCUGGUGGGUGCGUCCUAAGAUCCCAACAUUGGGCGAGGCCCGUGGAAAGAUCGUACUCGUUCGUCGCUUCAACCUUGAUGAUGAACUGAAGAAGGAGCACGGAGGAAACGGUUGGGGUAUUGAUGCUGCUUCCUGGGCUGAUAAUACUCCUAACGCCACCUGCCCGAGCGGAGAACUCUGUAUUCAGGACUUCUAUGAGGUCCAAGAGAGUACCAACAUUGAGAAGAAGAUUAAAUUUGUCAAGGAGCACAUUGAUCGGGCGGCGCAUGUGCACUAUCCAUUAGGCGUGGUGCCUAAUGUGCAAGAGUCUCGCAAAUAUCCUUUCUUCAUCAACUUUUUGAGUGCGAGCAACUUCUGGAAGACAGAUACAUGGCCUGAGAAGAUUGCUGCGAAGGUCAACCCCGCAAUUGUUGAUUACAUUUGUCGUCGUCAUAAGGAUGAUGAUGGUGAUUGUGCGACUGGUAUCCUAGUGACUGACUGGGUUGGCUUAGAUGGAGACUGGGAUCUAGUGCGUGCCAUUGUUGGCAUGAAUGCCAAGCUGCGUCUGAAGAAGGAUUAA